UUAGCCCAGCACAUGCAGGCAGCCAUGCACUCCCAGUGGACAUGUUUACUGCUGCAGCUGGGCUUGUUACUGACCACCGAGCUGGAUGUGGAGGCAGAAUAUGAAGUGACUGAAACUGAUGCAAUCGACUACAAGGACCCGUGCAAAGCUGUUGCGUUUCUGGGGGACAUUGCUCUGGACGAGGAGGACCUGCGCAAUCUCAGACUGGACCAGACUGGACAGUCCAGCUCCAACGACACUAAACCAGUGAACUCAUCAUCAGCGUAUCGGAUCAGAGAGGCUGAAGUUCUAGUUAACAGCAGCAGAGGGAACGGAUCGUUGUGGGACAAAGUAGAUCUUUCCCGCAAGAGGAGAGCAGCCACUGCUAGGCCGGAGAGGGUGUGGCCUGAUGGAGUCAUCCCGUACGUCAUCAGCAGAAACUUCAGCGGCAGCCAAAGGGCAAUCUUUAAGCAGGCAAUGCGUCACUGGGAGAAACACACCUGUGUCACUUUCACAGAGAGAGUGGCUGAGGAGAGCUACAUUGUCUUCACCUACAGACCAUGCGGUUGUUGUUCAUAUGUGGGGCGUCGUGGAGGGGGUCCUCAGGCCAUCUCCAUUGGCAAAAACUGUGACAAGUUUGGCAUCGUGGUGCACGAGCUGGGUCACGUGAUCGGCUUCUGGCAUGAACACACGAGACCUGACCGAGACGGACAUGUCAGCAUCUUCAGAGAGAACAUCCAGCCAGGGCAGGAGUAUAACUUCCUGAAGAUGGAGCCGGGGGAGGUGAACUCUUUAGGAGAAGUGUACGACUUUGACAGCAUCAUGCAUUACGCCAGGAACACCUUCUCCAGAGGCAUAUUUCUGGAUACAAUUCUGCCUCGCUAUGAUGUAAACGGAGUACGGCCACCGAUUGGUCAGCGAACGCGUCUGAGUAAAGGAGACAUCGCUCAGGCAAGGAAGCUCUACAAGUGUCCCAGAUGCGGUGAGAGCCUGCAGGAAAGCUCUGGAAACUUCUCCUCUCCUGGAUUCCCCAAUGGCUACAGCGCCUACUCGCACUGCAUCUGGAGAAUCUCCGUCACCCCGGGAGAGAAGAUCAUCCUGAACUUCACCUCUAUGGACCUGUACCGGAGCCAUCUGUGCUGGUAUGACCACGUCGAGGUCCGAGAUGGCUACUGGAGAAAAGCUCCUUUAAAAGGUCGUUACUGUGGAGACCAGCUCCCAGAGCCAAUCAUCUCCACAGACAGCCGGCUGUGGGUGGAGUUCCGCAGCAGCAGCAACUGGGUGGGGAAAGGAUUCUCUGCCGUGUAUGAAGCGAUUUGUGGGGGUGACGUGCGGAGGGACAGCGGUCAGAUUCAGUCGCCAAACUACCCCGACGACUACCGGCCCAGUAAAGUGUGUGUGUGGAAGAUGACAGUGGCUCAGGGCUUUCAUGUGGGGCUUCACUUCCAGUCAUUUGAGAUCGAGCGACACGACAGCUGUGGCUAUGAUUACCUGGAGGUGCGUGAUGGAAAUUCGGAGAGCAGCCCACUAAUCGGCCGCUUCUGCGGCUACGAAAAACCCGAUGACAUUAAGAGCAGUUCCAACCAGCUGUGGAUGAAGUUCGUCUCCGACGGGUCCAUCAACAAAGGAGGAUUUUCAGCCAACUUUUUCAAAGAGACUGAUGAAUGCUCCAGGCCUGAUAAGGGUCAGUGUGCACAGCGCUGUAUAAACACUCUGGGCAGUUAUCGCUGUGCGUGUGAGCCGGGUUUCGAACUGGCGUCCAACCGCCGCAGCUGUGAGGCUGCGUGCGGAGGUUUCAUCACCAAACUGAACGGCUCCUUCAGCAGCCCCGGCUGGCCCCGAGAGUACCCCCCCAACAAGAACUGCGUGUGGCAGCUGGUGGCCCCCGCACAGUACCGCAUCACCCUGCUGUUCGACACCUUUGACAUGGAGGGCAACGACGUGUGUAAGUACGACUACGUGGAGGUCCGCAGUGGUCUCUCCGCUGAAUCCAAACUCCACGGCAAGUUCUGUGGCUCCGCGAAGCUGGACCCCAUCACCUCCCAUUCCAACAACAUGCGCGUGGAGUUCAAGUCCGACAACACCGUGGCCAAGAGAGGCUUCAAAGCCCACUUUUUCUCCGAUAAGGAUGAAUGCUCGAGAGAGAACGGCGGCUGUCAGCACGAGUGUGUGAACACAUUCGGGAGCUACACUUGUCAGUGCCGGAGCGGAUUCAUCCUGCAUGAUAACAAACACGACUGCAAGGAAGCGGGCUGUGACCAGGUCGUCACCAGCGUGUCCGGCACAAUCACCAGCCCGAACUGGCCGGAUAAAUACCCCAGUAAAAAAGCCUGCACCUGGGCUCUGUCCACCACACCUGGACACCGCAUCAAACUGGCCUUUAAUGAUAUCGACAUGGAGAGCCAUCUGGAGUGUUCCUAUGAUCAUUUGGAGAUCUAUGAUGGUCAAGACGGCCGGGCGCCCAGUUUGGGGAGAUUCUGUGGUGGUAAAAAGCCAACGCCUGUCAUCUCUAGCGGGAAUAAGAUGUUCCUGAGGUUCUUUUCCGACAAUUCAGUGCAGAAGAGGGGCUUUGAGGCCUCUCACAGCGCAGAGUGUGGAGGAAGUCUGAAGGCUGAGGUGAAGACCAAAGACUUUUACUCCCACGCUCAGUUUGGAGACAAUAACUACCCCGGAGCUUCAGACUGUGAGUGGGUGAUCUCGGCAGAGAAAGGCUACGGCGUGGAGCUCAUCUUCCAAACCUUCGAGCUGGAGGAAGAAGUGGACUGUGGAUACGAUUACGUAGAGCUGUUUGACGGAGCAGACACUAAAGCACCACGGCUGGGCCGUUACUGUGGCUCUGGGCCGCCAGAGGAAAUCUACUCAGCCGGCGAUGCCAUCGUCAUCAAAUUCCACUCAGACGACACGAUCAGUAAGAAGGGUUUCCACGUGCGCUACACCAGCACCAAGUUUCAGGACACACUUCACACGAGCAAGUGAGUUCUUUUUUAAAGUGAAGGAGGGGCUCCAGAGGAGAAGACAGCAGCUCGGGACCCCCGACCACCCCACCAGAGCUGUUCGUUGAGGCUUUCUCUCCAAAAACUGUCCACCCUUCAGGCUGGAUGGACUGAUAGCAGACACUGAGUUUAUGCUUUUAACCGUUCCAGCUCUGAGGAAGGAAGGAGAGAGAAGCCUUAUAGGUGUGAAACGUGACUGAACAGCACCCCCUAGACGGUCCUUUAAAAACUUCACCGAUAGCAUGCUUUAAAACAGAAGGAAACUGGCCAUCCGAGUGAGUGAUGUGCCAUGUUACUGAUAGAUGGGUAGGUCCGGCUCCGCCCACAAAUGUGUUCUAUCAUAGCUACUGUGACAUUGGACAAGCUUUACAGAACACUGAUAAAAAUCCCAUUCAGCCUAAUGAGAAAAUGUA